AUGAAAGAAUGGUAAUUCAUGCAGUUCACUACUCUUAAAUUUAACUUUCGAGCUUUGCCUUAUUUUUCCUCCUCCUCCUUGUUAAGUUCUUGGAAACCGAAACAAAGUACUAUCGAUGUUUAACAAGUACUUGAGAGACCCUUUUCUUAUUGUGAUGGGAUUGUGCAUGGAAAUACUGAAGUUGCCUUGGAUUCUCAUCACUGGGCUUGUUCCGCUGUUUUUUGGGAUUUUCAUGCUUAUUAAAGCUGUAGCGUCUGAUCUCUCAGUUGCUUCAACAGAAUCUUGUAAUCCAAAUGUAGACCCUGUGGACGGAGAGGUUUUAUCCAAUCAGAGAAGAAAGAUUUGUGAACUGCCUCCUGUUGUACUAGUUCACGGUGUUUUUGGAUUUGGAGAAGGGAAAAUGGGGCAUGUAUCGUACUUUGGAGGGGCUGAAAAGAAGUAUGAAAGGGUUUUUGUCCCGGAUUUGGGUUCAUUAACCAGUAUUCAUGAUAGAGCUAGGCAGUUCUACUAUUUGAAAGGUGGCCAAGUUGACUACGGAGAAGAGCACAGCAAAGCUUGUGGACACUCACGGUUUGGAAGAGUUUACAAGCAAGGGAAAUACCCUGAGUGGGAUGAAGAUCGCCCCAUUCAUUUUGUUGGGCAUUCAGCUGGAGCACAGACAGUUCGUGUCUUGCACCAAAUGCUGGCAGAUAAGGCUUUCAGGGGUUAUGAAAACACUUCAGAGAACUGGGUUUUGAGCCUCACUGCCAUCUGUGGAGCUUUUAAUGGGAGCACAAGAACAUACAUAACCGGCAUGAAGCCAGAAAACUGGAAAUCCAUAAAAGCAAUAAGUCCACUUCAGUUGUGCCGAUUAUCAAUUAUUUUCAGUGAUUGGAUGGACAUUUCCUGGCUCAAAUCCUACUACACUUUUGGGUUUGAUCACUUUGACAUGUCAUGGAGAAAAGUUGGUCUUAAGGGUCUUUUCAAUUGCCUGAUGGGAAAAGCGGGUCCUUUUGGUUCAGGAGAUUGGGUGCUUCCUGAUCUUACCAUUCAAGGAUCCAUGGAAAUUAAUCAAAAGCUUAAGACAUUUCCAAACACGUUCUACUUCAGCUAUGCAACUAAGCGUACAAGAAAAAUAAACAGCGUCACAAUUCCUGCCCCCAUAAUGGAAAUUAAUCCUUGGUUUUACAUCCAAAUUUCUGAGAUGUGCCGCUGGCGUUACCCCACCAAUGUUCCACUCCCCUAUGAAGGCUAUCGGGAUGAGGAUUGGCAGGACAACGAUGGGGAACUCAACACCAUAUCCAUGACACACCCUCACCUCCCAACUGAACAUCCACACUGCUUCGUUGCAAAUGACUCUGAGCUCCUACUGCAGCCUCAACCUGGCAUAUGGUACUACAAAAUAAUCGAAGCUGUUCACGUUCAAUUUGUAUUGAAUUUGGACAAAGCUGCAGUAUAUGACGAGGUGUAUGACAGCAUUUUCGAAUGCUGCAGAAAGCUGUCCAAGAACAAGAGUUCAUCACUGUGAUCUGGCUGAACCCGAAGAUGAACAAUGAUUGUAAUCAUUUUUCUUAUGGAAUGAGCAAUAAUAAUCUUUGAACUUGACAAAGGUUGCUCUCUCUCUCUCUCUCUCUCUCUCUCUCUCUCUCUCUCUCUCUCUCUCUCUCUCUCUCUCUCUCUCUCUCUCUCUCAUGGUUGUGGUCGUAAACACAUUGUUUCCUUCUCUUUUUGUAUUUAUUUUUCUUGGUCAUAGAGAUUCAUGGGCCAUUCGGGUGUAACUAUCCUUAUUUCUGUCGAAUAGUCAUCGUCUUUCCGGGUUUUGAUCCGACCUCAGCUCAACUCAACUCAUAAUUGCAACAGAAAAUCGAACUGUAAAAACUUCUUUAGUCUGAUUUUUACUCGAAAUGUAUAUUCAGUAUGUGGCUCUUUUCAACCAUUGAUCAGAAAGGGCGACUGUAAAAGCCAACGGUUUGUAACUGUAAUGCCAUUCGGAGGGUCAAAGAUGGUAAAAUUGGUUAUCCAUUGUAAUAAUGUAAUGGUUUGUGAGGAACUUUCCCAAAGGAAGUGUUUGCAUUUGUAUUUGUCUGUCGCUUGUAACUUUCCAUGGUGUAAUAAUGUCCAUAUGUGUAAUACUGAUUUUCUAGGAACUUUCCUAGACUCUAGGCAAGGCGUCUUCUUCCUCUAUAAAAAGAGGAGGUUACCAACUAUGUACUCAGACGUGUGUGUAAUAAUAUUCUC